AUGGUAGCCGCCGCCCGCCUCCUCGCGCGGGCGUCCAGGCAGGGCGCCGCCGCGGUGGCCGCGUCCGCUGCUUCGAGGCGCCGGCUCUGCGGCGUGGCGGCGGCCGCCGCUCAGCAGCCGUUCGCAUCCUCCCGCUGCUCGGCCAGGGUCCCAUAUACGUUGAAUCAGCCAUUGAGAUACUCAACAAACAUCUUUCAAAGGUUUGGCUUUUCAUCUUCUACCCCACAAGAGAAUGAUAAGGAGGUAAACCAACCCAAAGACCAGGAAAGUACUGCACAGGAAAUAAAUGCUGAAGCUUCAAAGGAAGACAGUGGCUCAUCUGGAGGUGCGGAAGAACUUGAUCUUUCAAAGGAGGAUCUAGUGAAGCUAGUUCUUGAGAAGGAUGAAUUAUUAACCUCGAAAGAUGAAGAGAUCGAAGAUAUGAAGGACAAGGUUUUGCGCAGCUAUGCAGAAAUGGAAAAUGUUAUCUCACGGACAAAGCGUGAAUCUGAGAACGCAAAAAAAUUCGCAGUACAGAACUUCUCUAAGAGUUUGUUAGAUGUUGCUGACAAUCUGGCUAGAGCAUCAUCUGCUGUGAAGGAGAGCUUCUCAAAAUUAGAUACAUCUGAAGAUUCUAGUGGAGCUGUACCAUUACUAAAAACCCUACUGGAGGGUGUAGACAUGACGGAUAAGCAACUCGGAGAGGUUUUUAAGAAGUUUGGAGUUGAAAAGUUUGAUCCAUUGAAUGAGAAAUUUGAUCCUGAGAGACAUUAUGCAAUAUUCCAAAUGCCCGAUGCUUCAAAACCAUCAGGAACUGUUGCUUCUGUUGUAAAGGUGGGCUACAUGCUACAUGAUCGUGUGCUCCGCCCUGCUGAAGUUGGUGUUACAGAGGGAGGUCCCUCUGAAGAAGACGAGCCAGAGGAGAAAUCUAGUGGAGAUUAGAUUAAAUUAAUUUACUAAUAUACCAGAAGCAAGAAGAGAUAGCUGUUCCUCAUCAGCGAAGGAGCUCGGCGUUUCGGAUGUUUUUUAAAUUGUAAAAGCAAGGCUGUCUUGUUGAAAAUGCUAUCUGUAUGGGUAUACGUUAUACCAUUCCUUAGCAGCGCAACGUUUUUGAUAAUUUUGUAAGGUCAUCUUGAAAGCUUCAAGAACAUAGUUUCUUUCA